AUGAGAAACACAAAUAGAUUAUCCUAAAUACUGUUUAUUUUAGGAGUACUUUCUUUGAUAGCAGUAGGAAAAGAACUCCCAUGUUAAUGGUAAAGUCCAUCCACAGGUGAAAAAUAUGAUUUUUCUUCACUUUACAAAAAAGACGGAUAUCAAAUCAAAGAUAGCUCUAACACGAUGGGAAUGUUUGAUUUGUUUUACGUAACCAAUGUCUGUGAAACAGUUGCCUGCCAAGGUGUUGAUGUUAGUGUAUACGAAGGAUUAUAAAUCUUAGGAGAAAUCACUUAAAAUUGUGAUAUUAUGACAAACGCAAAUGAAAUGAAUUACGAUUUUGUAAAUAGUGAUAAUCCUAAAGUAGGUGUUUAAUGGACUUAUAGAGGUGAUACUUGCAUUUUGCCACCAACUAUAAGUUAUGAUGAUUAAGGAAAUAUAAAAACUACACCAAAUGCUUCUACAGAUAUAAAAACAUCUACAUUUUAAGUUAUAUGUUCUGAGGAUUAAAGUUCUAAUUGGACAGUUGACACUACAGAUUCCUGUCACUUAAAGUUUACUAUUCAAAGCCCCUAUGGAUGUGAAGGAGCUGCAAGAGGGUCUUAUUAAAACUUUAAAAUACUUAUCUUCAUUAUUCUUUCUGCAGGUAUCUACUUCGCAGUAGGUUCUUAUAUUAAUAAAAGAAAAUACGGUUUAACUGGUGUAGAGUCUCUUCCUAACCAUGGUUUCUGGACAGAUUUUCCAUACUUAGUAAAUGACGGAUUUAAAUUAACACUUCUUAAAACUACUUCAGUAAUAAGAUAUUUUAAGGCAAAAGGAACAACUUCAUCUAGCGAAUAAUCUAGUACUGGAACUUAUAAUACUAUUUGA